UUUUGCUACGCCGUAGUUUUUAUAAACCUGACAGGUUUUACAGCGCUGGUUUCUAUGAGCUGUAGAACUGCUUAUGUACCGCUUUGCUCCUUCCUAAAAUGACCAUCUAAAAUGUCUGAAGGAUUAAGGAAACAGCUUGAAUUUCCCAGUUCUCUUAUUCAAGCCCAGGCUGUGAGGAGUCUUGUCGCUGCUGUGCUGAAAGAAAAAGGGCUGAAUGAGAAGAUUGCACAGUCUUCUAAUCAGAGCCCUGCCCUGGAGCUGCUCUGGGAGAAGUGCUGCAGCGACAGUGUGCUGGUGAGGUCAGCCUGCUGUGAUGCUCUGGUGCUGCUAGUGGAACAGAACCAUGCUGAUCUUCAAUAUGUGCUCAACAGCAUCCUCAACCUCAUUCCCUCUGCCAGCAAUGUGCAAGGUCUGAUAAAGGUGAUUGGGAAGUUGCUGCAGAUCCAGUCCUUGCAACACCUACAAGAUGGAAAAGCAGUCGGCUGUCCUUAUACUAUAAGAAACCCUCCACAUCCAUAUGUUACCAUCUUGGAAAACCGACCAGACUGCUGGCCAGUCCUUUUGAGGGAGAUUGGCGACUACAUACAGCAGUGCAUUAAAAAAAUGGAGCCUGCCUAUGUGGCCAUGCUGACUCCAUUCCUCAGGUAUGUGUACUGUGAGCCCCUGCACUUACCUGAGCAUGCCGAAUUCAGACAGAACCUCCUCAGAGUGCUGGUGCCACACUGCCAAGAAAAAGGCGAAGAGAGUGAGCCUUCCUCGGUGGCGCAGUGUGUGAUUCGCUCGCUCUUCGAUCUGAUCCCACAUCUCCAGGUUGUCACUGUAACUCAAGUGGUGGAGCUGGGGCUGUUUGUGAAAGAGCUCUCCUCAAAUUUGCUGAAACAUGCCAAGUUUUGGAAAACAGAGCUGUGCCAGCUGUCACUCCAGCUGCUGUGUGCCUGUGAGCUCAACUUGAGGAUCACUGGCGAAUUCUCAGCUUUGAUUGACCUCAUUGAGAAUCAUCUUGAGGUCUGCUCUGAGGACUUCCCAUCAGAGCAGAUGAUAACUGGACUAGCGUUGCUCCUGCUGAAGGCUCCUGCAACACAACAGAUAAAGAUUCUUAACCUUGCUUUCAAGAUCAUCACCUCUUCUGAGAUGCCGGUGUUACCUGCAGCUGCCCCUAUACUGGUCCUUCCCUUACUGCAGAUUCUGUCUUGUACUGCACUCAUGGAAGCUUUAUCAGACAGCCAGAUCAGGGAAACUAAUCAGCACCUGGCUUCAACUCUCCUGCAGACUGUGCAAGGUCACACCUUCAGUCAAAAAGAGGACACCAUCAAACUUCCUUUCCCAAUAUGCAGCUGGUACAGCACGCUGCUGAUAACGACAGACGCACUGCACAGACUGAAUGAAGACCAGUCUGCUGCCUGCAAAUGGCUGUUUUCUGUUCAUUCGGCUCUGCCAUUGAAUGAGAGCAUUCCUGAGCAUGUUCCACUCCUUUUGUCCUACCUUAUUGUCAGAGAAGAGGGAGAGGGCUUGGAAGUGGCCCUGAGAACUGUCGCGGAACUGGCCAAAGCAGAUCCCUCACAGGUUCCAAAUCUUAUUCCUGUUCUCAUGUUCAAGUUGGGGAAGCUUUCUGACCCAGUCUUAUCCUGUGCUGUGCUGUACGCACUGCCCAGUCUGGGGACUCACAAAUUUUGUGUUCCUCAGUUGCUACAAGCUUUACAGGUGCUGGGAAGUGCAUCAAAACUAAGACCUGUGGUGUUGAGGCUUAUGACAUCAUUGUGGAUAAAACAGGACCGGGUGUAUCCAGAGCUGCAGAAGCUUAUGGCGAUGUUGGACAAGUCUUCUGUUGUGUUUGGGAAAGAAGAGCAGUGGGAGCAGAUUUUAGCUAAAGCUGCGUGUAUCCGAGACAUUUGCAGGGAAAGGCCUUACCAACAUGGUGGUGACAUGCUGGCAGCCAUCACUGAAACUCUGUCCCAGUGUACAAAGAACGACCAGGCCACACCUGCAGCUUUUGUUCUGCAAGGACUACUGGAGCUCUGUCGAGCUGAGGUUGUUGACAUUCGCUCAACCUGGAAUGCCUUGUCACCAAAGCUGAACUGUGACUCCCGCCCAAUUGUUGUCAAGGCCCUGACCGAACUCUUUGCUCUGGUGCCGGUUUUGUCAGUGAAGACUGAGGAAUAUGAGAAAUUUAAAGACCAGGUUGUCAUCAUUCUGUGGAGCUAUACCCUGAAUAAGGAUCCUCUGAUAGCAAGCUGUGGUUAUAGAGCCCUCUCUAAUUUCCCAGAGGGAGUACAUACGAUAUUACAUCUACCGGAACAGGCCAGGCCACCAGUGAAGACUCCAGACAGUGAGGAAGAGAUAAAUGAGGAUGAGGAGAAGGAGGAGGAUCUCUCCAUACCAGGCGCUUCCUACAUCAAACUUUUGGGUCUCACGCCACCUGCCGUGUUACCUGCCCUAGAAGUAUUUCUCACGUCACUGGUGAGACAGGAGAUGGUGGAGAUGCCACGCGGAGUGUACCACUCUGCUCUGAGAGGGGCGGCCUCGCGCUCGGACCUGGGGAAAACAGUCGCUGGGAUUCCUGGCUUCAUACUGAAAACGUAUGAAAAGAACAAGCAGCCUGGGCUAAAACCUGGCCUUGCAGCUGGUCUACUGCUAUGCUACGACCUGCCCAUUCAGACUGACAGAGAUGGAAGGCCAAUUAACCGUUUCCUUGUUAGUAGAGGACGCAGCUUUCAGCAGAUGUUGGCAGCCCUUAUUCAUGAGGUCAAUAUCCAGCCAUCAGAGUGGCACCGCUCCAUUCUGCUGCCGCAGGGUUGGCGAGGCUUCAUGAGCAGGGCCUACCAUGCAGUCUUACAGAAAAAGGUGCUUUGGCCUUUAUUUCACAGUUGUCUUUCUCAAUAUAGUGACAUCUCUGGACAGAAGAUGAACCUUUUCCUGAUGAAGAGUCUGGAUGUUCUGGAGGGCUGCUCUUUUGACACCAGCUUAGAAUACAAUACUGGAUGCAUCCUGGGAGUUGGUCUUGUGCUGUCGUUGUUAAGCCACAGCAGUCAAACGGAGUCCAGAGUACAUGUGGCUGCAACACUGGAAAAGCUGCUCUGCAGCCUGGAAGACAGCAGCAGUCAGGGCAGGAUGCUGCAGGAGGUUUUAGCAUAUUCAGUGGCCUGUGUCUGUGUGUCUGCAUUCAGUACUGGUAUCAUUGACGCCAACAAGGCUGAGGAAAUCAUGAACAAUCUCCGACUCAUGACGGAGAAAAGCCAACAGACGCCAGGGUUUGCCUUGUCUUUAGGUAUUACUGUUCAUGGCCUGUCUGCCUGUGGUCACGGUAAAGCAGAGGACUUCUAUUUCAGACUUCUGGGUGCUUGGAUAAAAAUACUUCUUACAGAGGGUUGUCCCACAAUGCAGCGUCUGGCAGCUGUAAAUGGUUUGGUGGCACUAGUAGGCUCUGAAAGUUCCCUAAUUCAGCUCAAAUCUGAAUCUGGACAGUCCCCUCAGCAGCAAAGCAGACUGAAUGAGGUUAUCAGAGCAAUAACCCAAGUUAUUACCUUUUCUGGUGCUGUUGGUCUGCAGUCAAAUGCCUCCUGUCUUGUGGGACAUCUUCACCUGGCAAACCUGUCUUUAGGCCAAACUAGAACAUCAGUCCCUCCUGAUUUUGGCUACUUGUCUGAAAGGAGUGUGAUCAGAGCGGCUGUGGAUUACCUUAUUGAAGCAGGAAGAAAAGGUCCAGAACACCUGCAUCCCAAACUGGUGAAUGUGGUACUGGGACCACUUGCUUCAGUGGGCAGUAGCUUCCAAUAUCCACCGGUCAACUGGGGGGCAAUUCUGUCUCCCUUAAUGAGACUCAACUUUGGUAACACAGUACUUUUCAUUAUGUCAAGCAUCAGAUUCUUUUAUUAUUUAAUACCGCAUCUCAAAACAAGAGCCUAUCUGUACAAAUCAGUGUCUGUGUGGAUGAAGCAUGUGCCCGAUGACAAGCUGCAGUCAUUUGUGGAGGUGCUUGGAGUACAGCACCUCACAGCAAGCAGCCGGCAGCAGAGCCCUGACCUGUGUGUGGCCGUCCUGGAGGGGCUGGAACAAGCCAUGAAGCUCCCAAAUCCCACACAGUUCUGCUGGGGUGUGCUACGUUCCACCACAGAGAGAAUUUUCAUGCUCCUGCCAGAUGAAGUUCAGGACGAUGAGGUAGAACUCUACGUGAGGAUUGCUACAUGCCUGUCAGAAAUGGAAGACACAGAGAUUGACAGGAUAACUCGAGUCACUAAGGCUAACCUUGUGAAGACAGGCUUUACCAUGGCAUACCUGGUCUCUCAGGGCAGGGUCCCGCUUCUGGGUCUUAAUGAUGUAAUUGCGGCUGCGAUAGGAAGUUGUCAUCAAGAGGCAGUCAGCUCGCUGCUGGUGCGGAGUUUCUAUCAGUCACGCCUCGCAGCCAGUCCUAACACGGGUGUUCUUAAAAGAAUGGAAUGGCUUUUGGAGUUAAUGGGUCACAUCAGAAAUGUUGCUUAUGGGUCAACCCCUGUGGAGAAUGGAGAUGUUAAACAGGCAACAGACUUCUUGUUGCAGCUGUUCUGUGCCGCAGUUGUGUCGUGGGCUGACCAUUCCUUGCCACUGCUACUCGGAAUAGGAGCUAAAUGGCUGCCUUGGAAAGAAGACAAUGCAGUGCCCAGCUCGCCCCAGGCUCGUUUUGGAAACUCUUCAGCUGAUGAGCAGUUAGCUUUGCAGUGCUCUAAAGGUCUUCCAUAUAGUAUCCAGCUGUUGUUGGCCAAAGAGCCAUGGAAAGGCCAGACUCAUAAGUUUAUAGACUGGUUCUUCAGCAUACUGGAAUGUCCAAAGCAAGGCUUAUCAGAAAGAUCCAUCAGAACUGUAAAAGGUGCUUUACUAGCCUUAAGAUAUCUUCCAGAGUUCAAGAAGAAAGUUGUGUGGACCAGAGCUUAUGGCUGGUAGUUAAUACACCAUCUACAUUUUGACCAACAACAGACUCUUAGCAUUCAUAACGCUUCCAUUUUGAUCCACAGCAAGUAUUCCAAGAUCAUCUGGAGAACAUCUGAUGGCCUCAUUCAAGUCGACCAUGACUAUUGCAUGUGCAUAAUGUGAUCUCUCCUAUGGGGUGAGAUAUUAACAUACCUACAAAAGCAUGGAUUGGAGCUUUGAGGAACAGCUCAUGGCCACAGCUUUUAUGGAUCCCAGAAAACAAUUAUGGAAAAGUUACUUAAAGGACUUUAAUAAUGGAUCAUGUUAUUAUUCAGUCAGAUGUAACGUAGUAUAAUAAACAGAAUUACUUAUUUCAGCCUUUAUUCUUGACUUCUGAAAUUUAAAACUGCAAUUGAAAAUUCUGACUGUUUGAAUACAAAGCAUCUUGAAUAGAGUUUAAUUUGAGCACCGAUUUAA